AUGACUGAAAUGGCCAAAGAUGCAAGAAGCGACCAUCAGGGAGACGAACGAGAUUACCUUUUUUACGUUCUUCCAUCUUCCAAUCUCACUAAUAGUACUACUGCCGGUGGUCUUUGUUGGCUAGAAGCUUCCCAGGAGUGCGAGACCAAGAAUGAUACCAAUCCGAACGAAGUCAGAUUAGCUCUUCCAAAGCUAGUCACUGCACCACCCUCUCAUCAUGCAAUCAACAUCGUCUCCGAAAAGAUUAUUCCAUUCGUUCAACCUUCAGCAGACAGUCUUGAUACUUCAACGUCAGUAGAUUGGCACGUCAUUUGGAAUCCAGCAGCUGGAAAGCGACGAGCAAAGGCUUGGUUGGAACAGCUUGUGAUACCUCUUCUCACUUUUGCUGGCGCUCGUUUCAAGGUUCACGAAACAUCCUUACCAACGACCAACGACAGCAAAAAUAAAAAUGUUCAUCAAGACAUCUUUAGUCUUACGCCCGAUCAAGCCAAGCCAAUCGAUCGAGGUCACCCAAAGGUGAUCCUCAUGGGUGGUGACGGAACAACUUACGAUUUUCUAAACCAGAUCACUACUUAUGAUCCUAGCACCGGCAAACCGAUCAUACCAUCCUUCGAACUGCUCAUCAUACCUCUUGGGACCGCCAAUGCUCUCUUCUUCUCAGCUCAUCCCUCAGCUUCAGACCUCAAUAAACCGCGAAACGUCCUCAGAAGCUUACUUCUAGCUCUCUUCUCAACUACCGCCCCACCAAGCGAGCAAGUUUCAAAGACUCUCCAGCUUGCUCAUGUUAGGGUCUUUGACAGUGAUCACCAACUUACACAUCAAGCUAUAGCCCAUGUUGUUAUCUCGACCGCACUUCAUGCUGCAAUUCUUCAUACUGCUGAUCAACUACGUGAUAGUCCCGAAUUCGAAGGUUCCUCGCGAUUCUUCGAGGCUUUCAAACGUAAUAACACUAGGCUCUGGAAGGCUAGCUUACUGCUACUACCGAUCACUUCACCAGACUCUGGAUCAUCAAGCUCGAUCCUUCGUUACGAGCCUGAUGAUGAAAAGUUCAUUACGAUCUCUGAAUCAGAUCAAGAUACUUUGAUGGAAGGAGAAUUUAGUUACUUUACUUCAUGCUUGAUCGAUCGACUCGAAGCGAAUUUUGUAAUCGCUCCAAUGCGUUCGAGUCUUACUUACGAAUCUAAUCAUUCGAUUGAUAUAGUAGUCCUUCGUCCUAAGAGAGAUAUUCGAAUGAAAGAUUUGGUAGGAGAUGAAUUAGGAACCGCAUCAGCUCAUCAGGUCACAGAAGUCAUGUCAGGAGCUUCAAAUUCGGGUCAUCAUCUUCAACUCACUCUUCCAGAUGGUCAACCUACAGUAGAGUACUUUCGUUGUGGUGGAUGGGAAUGGAGAUCUUCAAGCCCUGAUCAAGAAGUUUGUAUUGAUGGAAUGUUGAUCAAGAUCCCUGAAAAUGGAUCAGUUCAAUGCGCUGUCAUCAACAAUACCACCCAUCGCGUUAUCAUGUGGUAAACGUCCAGUGACUUUUGAUGUAUAAUUUUCAAUCGGUACGAGGCAGCUGGUAAAUUGUUUCAGCCUGGUCUUCAAGGUGGACUUGUUUUUCUGUUUCAUGGCUUAUGAAUCCAGGUGGUUCUGUUCUCUCAAAUGAGUUUUUGUGUGCAAUGUUUCGAGCCUGAUUGCAAUACUACAUGAAGAUAUACUAGAUG